GGCUAACUACAAUAUUGUGUUCUAAAUACAAAUUAUUUCUUUCCUUCAAUAAAAUGUAGGAUUAGAAUGGAGUGGCAAGCAUCUUUUGUUGAAUGGUUUUGGAAUUGUGAGAUGCUAUGAGCAUUCAAAUUGGCAGUUAGUGUAAAUUUACAUUAUACAUGCGUUUGAUUGUGUUUCAUUUUGAGUAGCUGCAGGAACUGGUGGAACAAAUAUAACGGCGGCGAACGGGUAAACUAACAUCGGGGUCACAAAGACUUACCGUUGUCAUCAUACUAGAGACUGGCUCGUUCUGAUGGCUUGAAGACAAUGGUUAUUUCAGUUUUGCUUUGUCAGGACUUCAUUCCAAUCCUUGGUCAACAUCCAUAGUAGAUGAGCCUAUGGAAGUUCUCGUGAGGACACAUGACGAGCACUUUGUCAAGGGUAAGGUCUCUAAGAAUCCACAACUUGGACCUCAAGAACAAACAUGUCAAAAGGCCAUCCAGCAACAUUGCAAAGACCAUUGGGAUCACAUUGAUACGAUAAUGAGAAUUACGUAUAUCUUGCAUCAAGAUUACAUUUACAUUAACGUAAUCCCUGAAAAUACCAAUGUGGUUGCUAGAUAUAUUGGCCCCGGGAUGGAUGUGAAAUCUUCCCAUUUCUUGAGGAUUCUUAAGUUUGAUGCAAUCGGUUUCCCCUAUGUUGUUUAACAUUCCUGGUAGUAGGCUUUGGUUGAUGUUCUCCUACACCGUUUUUUAUUCCCGUAUUCUACUCUAAUAAAUUAUCUUUUUUGAAAAAAAACUACCCAUUAAAGAUGGUAGUUAUUACAUAUAUAGUAC